AUGUAUGUAAUGAGUAAAUUAAAAGAAAUUCAAAUCAUUACAGUCAUUAAUUCAUCAUUCUACAAAAAUGUAUCUUUACUUUCACAAGUCAUAUCGCCAUCAGUCGAGUUUCGACAACACUUUAGAAAGGAUAUGUUUAACAAAUCUAAUACAGUGGGUUUCCUACACGUAUCGCAUUAUUUAUCCUCUAUAUAUGAUACAAAGCUGUUUAAACAAAUGGUCAAAUGGCCGAUUUCAUGCAAAAAAGACGAAGCAACAUAUCGUGUUGAAAUGAAAAACUUCUUGUGCCUCGUAUCACGAGACAAUCCUGAUCUCGACUUUCCAUCGAUAUUAAUAAGCCAUUUAUUUCAGUCAGGAGGAAUCAAGUUUCAAAUUAUUAUGUGGAAAUUAUCACAACUCGCUCUUAAAACUUAUAUAAAAAGGGAACUUCAAGGAGAAUUGUUAAACGCACCAUGUACAAGUCCAAUACAGAGUUUAAUAAUAACAUACUUCAAUAACACAAUUGCACAAAAAUGUAGCGUUAUGACAGAUACUCAUAAGAAAAUGGAGAAAACACUGAAGGCUGCAAAUAAUUUUCUGAAUGAUGAGAUCGAGACAUUGAAUGCAUAUAAAUCUGAGAUUUUUGACAGAAAAGAAAAUAUAAAAAAGCUAGUGUUCGAUCUGCCAGCUAAUUUAUUAAUUCAAAAGCGAUUGAUAGAUGUCGAAGAUUCUAACAUUAUAGACUUAUGGAAAAGAGAUAUUUUCAAAAAAGUCCAAUAUAUACAUAGAAAAAAUAAAGAAUUGAACGAAUUAGAGAAAUCUUGCAAUCAUUUAUGCAAACUUAUCUUGAGAAUAAACUCGAAUUCUGAGACAAUCGAAGCAAACAAAUUUCCUGAAAUUUGUUACGAUAAUUAUUUAUUAUAUACACAAUGUGAGAAGCAUUUAAUUCGCAAUUUGUAUGCGAAUGGCUUCAUUGUGUUUUCCAAUUUGCUAUCGCUGCUACACUUAGUAUUUGAGAAAAUAUUACAUCAUGAAAACAUCGACAAUCUCUCUGAUCUAUCGCAGUGUCUGCUGUUCAUUCAGAAUGCUUGCAAAAGAAUGAAAUCUUUGCAAACGUUAUUCAACAUACUGAACACUAGAAUAGACAAUAUAUGCAAAAAUGAGCAACGUAGGUCUCGAAAAAUAAAUAAUAUUGAUUUCGACACGAGCAAUAUAUUAAUAGCAAACCGCUAUUUUUUACUGCAAUCUCCGAAAAUUAAUUUCAAUUUUAAUCAAUAUAUGGAUGAUACUCUUUUCUAUGAGAGAUUGUGUUCAUCUCCAAUGGAAGGCAAAUACAAACAUUUAUUUAAAAGGUACAAACAAGAAUAUCGUCCAUUGUGUGAGCUACCUGCAACUUUGUUGGACUUGAGCAAGUCUUGGAACAAUAUGAGCGGAUGGCUGUCUCCUCGCGUACAUUCAGUUAAGUGUGAGCAAAUCUUGUUCAAAGGAAAGCCGCUUUCACCUUUGUAUUCUCGAUUGCUACAUCACUCUAAAUUAGACUUGAAGCGUUCUAGGAAAGAAAACAUAUCACAUAGCCCGAGUAUAAACUACGAAGGAUUGAAUCUGACACCGAGAAAACGUCCCUUACAAACGGAGCAUCCAACAAGUAAAUUGAGAAAUCUUUUUUCAAGUCCGUCAUGA